UUCUAAAACUGGCAUUUUCCCUCUCAUCCCUCUCUGUUUUGGUAUGGCCCAAUCACAUGCCUCUCUGUUCUUUACAGUACGGAGGCAUAAGCCAGAGCUGGUAGCUCCGGCGAAACCCACGCCUCGCGAACUGAAACUACUCUCAGACAUUGACGACCAAGAUGGUCUACGUUUCCAAAUUCCAGUGAUACAGUUCUAUCGCUAUGAUCCAAAAAUGGCAGGGAAAGACCCUGUUGAGGUCAUUAGAAAAGCACUGGCGAAAACGCUUGUGUUUUAUUAUCCUUUUGCAGGUAGGCUUAGGGAAGGUGCUGGUAGAAAACUCAUGGUGGAUUGUACUGGAGAGGGUGUUAUAUUCAUUGAGGCUGAUGCUGAUGUCACGCUUCAGCAAUUUGGUGAUGCUCUUCAACCUCCAUUCCCAUGCUGGGAGGAGCUCCUUUACGAUGUUCCUGGUUCUGGAGAAGUACUUAACACUCCCCUUCUGCUUAUACAGGUAACACGGCUCAAAUGCGGUGGUUUCAUCUUCGCUCUCCGGUUGAACCACACCAUGAGCGACGCAGCUGGUUUAGUCCAAUUCAUGACUGCUUUAGGCGAGAUAGCUCGUGGAAUGCACAAACCUUCAAUCCUUCCAGUAUGGUGCAGGGAGAUUCUAAAUGCAAGGGACCCACCAAGAGUGACAUGUACCCAUCGCGAAUAUGAACAAAUACCAGACACCAAAGGAACCAUAAUCCCCUUAGACGAUAUGGCACAUCGCUCUUUCUUCUUUGGUCCUACUGAGGUAUCUUCCAUUCGUCGUCUUAUUCCUCAUCAUCAACAACAAUGUUCCAAUUUCGAAAUCCUCACUGCAUGUCUUUGGCGUUGUCGCACAAUAGCAUUACAACCAGACAAUGAUGAAGAGGUUCGCAUAUUAUGCAUUGUUAAUGCACGUGGCAAAUUUGACCCUCCAUUACCAAUUGGUUACUAUGGAAACGCUUUUGCAUUUUCUCCCGCGGUUACAACCGCAGGGAAGUUAUGUGAAAAUCCAUUGGGGUAUGCACUUGCAUUAGUGGGGAAAGCAAAAACUGAUGUUACUCAAGAGUAUAUGCAUUCAUUGGCAGAUUUAAUGGUCAUCAAGGGAAGACCACAUUUCACUGUGGUGAGAUCAUAUCUUGUGUCGGAUGUGACACGUGCCGGGUUUGGAGAUGUUGAUUUUGGUUGGGGAAAUGCUGUUUACGGAGGACCAGCUAAAGGAGGUGUUGGAGCUAUACCUGGUGUGGCAAGCUUUUACAUACCCUUUAAAAAUACGAAAGGAGAGGAAGGUUUAGUUAUACCUGUUUGUUUACCAUCUGAAGCUAUGGAGAGGUUUGUAAAAGUCUUGGAUAGCACACUCAACAACCAUGUCGAACCUACUAUGAGUGUUCCAAUUAUCAAUUCUCCUUUAUAGCUUUAUAAGAUUAGUGUGAGUAUAGCAUGUUGCAAGAGAAGAAUCACAAUAAACUAAGCUAAAUUAAGCAUCUACAAAUGUACUACUGGUUGUGUUGCUUGAUUUGUUAGCAGCUUGUGUGUCUAAAUACUAUUUUGAAGCUCUUUUUUUUUGAAUCUUUGACCAAACCACUAUAUGUAUAUACUUUAAUGAUAUGGCUAGUUUGUUGUUACUUAAU